GAACUUUGUGAGUUUUGAAUUGGUAGACAGUAACAGAAAUUGAACGAGAGCCGUAUGACAUAUCAUUUCCUACCUUCAACAUUUCGUGUUUCAAAUGUUUUACUUAGAUUUUCUUUUAAGUGUUGUGAUUUGAGGCACAGAACCAUACACAAUUCAACUCGAGAUAAAAAUAGCACAGUAUUUGCGACUCUCAGCACGAGAAUGAAACAUUAUUUUUUUUGUCAACAAGUGAAGGAUAAAACCACCACGUGUAAUCAGCUCGUCUAUGAUUGGUCGAAGUUUGCUGGGCUAAUUCAGAUUAUUUCUCCUAUGGUGCAAGAGUUGCAAGACAGAACGUGAACUCGAAAUUCGGAUAUAAGAAUAUUUCAUGGAUGAUAGAUGGCAUUUGAUGAGUUUAGUUUUGACGAGAUGACUAUUAUCUGCCUCUUUCGUUGGAUGAUAAAAGAACUUGGUGAUUCUUCCGAACUUUGUCGAGACUGGGAUAGGUGUGCAUCGUGUCAUUGAAGAAUCAUCGAAAGCUAGAGUCAACCUGUCAAGGACAUCCUCCGGAUUCAUCAGCAAUUUUGAUCGUCGAACAAAAGGAGCCAACAUAACACAAAAAUGGGUGGAUGUCGAGGCAAAGAUGGCGAGGGAUUCUUAUCCAGAAUCGGAUAUAAUCACAUGAUCUUGAUCUUACUUUUCGCUGCGGCCAUCUAUUCAGGUGAUUUGCACGAAACGUCAAUCUCAGAGGAUAAAGAGAAAGGAGCAGCAACAGCAAUGCCCACAACGGGGAAUAUAUUUGACGCUUUGCCUAGAAUAGCAUCCGAUAUGUACCAUGUUGUCCAUAAUCACAGUAUCCGGGCUCUAAAUACAAUACUCGAUAUGCUGAAGGGAGGCAAUGAGUUGACAGACGAACAGAACUUUGAGAAAGAUAGGACCGUCAUCGUUCAUCUCUUUGAAUGGACCUGGGUCGAUAUAGCAGACGAAUGUGAAAGGUUCCUUGGGCCGUAUGGCUAUGCCGGGGUGCAGGUAUCACCGCCAAAUGAACACAAAUACAUUGAUACCAAUGUAUUCAAUAGUCCAUGGUGGCAGCGGUACCAGCCGAUGGGCUACAGGUUGAACAGCCGCAGUGGUACCGAACAUCAAUUUCGUGAUAUGGUGGAGAGGUGCAACGCGGUUGGUGUGCGGAUCUACGUCGAUGCCGUUAUCAAUCAUAUGGCAAAACACACGGAAGGUGACCGCUACAACUUCCCGAAUGUCCCCUUCAGCACAGCUGAUUUCAAUGUACCUCUUGGCCGAUGUCCCGUAGAUCACGGCUGGGUCUCGGACUACUACCAUGCUGAGAACGUCCGUAAUUGCGACCUAGAGGGCCUGAAUGACCUCUACUUUGGACCUGACAAUGACUACCAUACGCGUGAUAUCAUCGUUGAGUAUUUAAAUGGCAUGCUAGAGAUGGGUGUGGCUGGGUUUAGGAUAGAUGCAGCAAAACACAUGUGGCCUCACGAUCUUGAGGAUAUCGUCAGCAGGAUAAGGAGGACGAUCUGGAAUACCAAACCAUACAUUUACCAAGAGGUCAUAGACCGAACCAGCCACGAGGCCGUCAAAGCAUCAGAGUAUUUCGACAUUGGGUCUGUAACUGAGUUCAAGUAUGGUGACGAAGUCUUCGGGAUUGGGACUGCUUCAAAAGAUGCUGUCUGGUUUUCAGGGUUCGGUGAACAAUGGGGAUUGAUGCCACGUGACAAAGCGCUAGUGUUCAUCGAUAACCACGACAACCAGCGAAAUCACGGUGGUGGAGGCAACGUCUUGACCCACAAGAUGCCGUAUGAAUAUAAGAAAGCUACCGCGUUUAUGCUGGCGUGGGACUAUGGCGUGACGCGUGUGAUGAGUAGCUAUGACUUCAUCGAUACAGAUCAAGGACCACCAGCGGAUGAAUACGGAAAUACACAGGGACCCACAAUCAACUCGGAUACCACAUGCAAUGGGGGCUGGGUAUGCGAACACAGAUGGAGACAAAUCCGCAACAUGGCAUGUUUCAGGAACGCAGCUAAGGGAUACCCGGUACAGAACUGGUGGGACAAUGGGCACAAUCAGAUUGCAUUUUCUCGUGGAGGAAAAGCGUUCUUUGUUCUCAACAAUGAACCACAUGCACUUUCUAGAACGCUCUACACUGGUCUUCCUCCAGGAAUCUAUUGUGAUGUAAUAAGUGGCGAUCCAACUGCAUCGGGUUGUACUGGGUUUAUUGUUGCUGUAGAUGCUGCGGGGAUGGCUAGUUUUGAUAUAUAUGCAGGUGAAGAUCCAAUGGUAGCAAUUCACGUCGGCGCGAAGGCAGGUAGUGGAAGUGGCAAGUGCAAUGCAUAAUAUUUUAUUAAGUUUAUAUAUUUAUUCACAAAACACAAACAGAGCUGCUUAAGCGCUGAUCCCGUCGGAGAGUGUUACAGGGACGUCCUAUGUACAUGCUGUUAAGAUCAAACACACGACUCUGUCAAUAUCGACUGAAUGUUAGACGAUGUAGACUUGAUAUAGUUUCAGCGUACCGAGCAGUGAUUGCUCCAUGGCGUUUGUACCUUCUUGUGAUAGACUCGGAGACGCUACGAAAUCUAGGGAUAAGCAUCUGUAUACUUUUCAUCAUCAUGUCAAUUUUCAUGCUGUUCUUGCUUUUUUGUUGAUGGUCAAACGAAGGAAAUAUCUGUCUGUGACAUCGUGCGACCAAAUUGGUCGAACGUCUUUCAAACGAUGGUCAAUUGAUUUAAUUAUUCAGAACAAUCUUGGAGACGAGCACAUUUACAGAUAGCAUUAAUAGGAAAACAUGGACAUGACCUUCAAAUAUAUCGAUUUACGUGUAUAUUAUAAUAAUUUUUAUCUUUUUACUACAAAGUGUGUGAUACAAAACUAGAUUUUCUAUGUGUUUAUAUAUACAGUUGUAAUGACAUUCUGCAAGUACCAAGAAACCAUGGGCGGAAAUCUUUCCCCAAAGGUAGGGGGAACCAGGGGCUGGAAAAUUUGACAAGUAAAAAAAAAAGAAAAAGGUUAUCACCCAAAAUGUAAGGUCAUCUUAGCCCAAAAAAAAAUUGACAAGCAAAAAAGGUUUUCACCCAAAAUGUAAUGUCAUUUAGUCCAAAAUAUAUGUAUUAUUUCCAUUGCGAAUGUUGUAUUUUUCUCCAUCAUAAAAGACCAAAAAAUAGUUAUUUGAUAUUGUGUCCCCCUACUAUUUUUGGUAGGGGGACGAGUUCCCCCUGCCCCCCCUGGGAUUUUCGCCCAUGCAAGAAACAAAUGUACCUGUUUUACUCCUGGGCCCUGUUACAUAAAAGAUACAAUCAAUACAAUUAAGCCUAACUGUAAGUCUAUGUCAAAUCAUGUACAAGGAGUUAAAAUUAAUCGUAGAUAUCAAUCGUAUCUCUUUAUGCUACACCAUCCUAGUAUGAUAUGGACCUAGCUUGGCAUAACGAGGUAUUUCAAUACUUUGUAACCAAAGAUAUGAGAUCUAAAGUUUGAACUGCCUUCCGAUGGGCCAACAAGAAAAAAAAUGAUAAUUUGCGUUCUGAAGAAAAUAAUCUAUCAUCGCCAUCAUGAAAGGCAGAACAGAUUGUGUAGCUGAAAGGGGAAGUUCACCCUGACAAACACAAUAUUGUAAAAAUAGCAUAAAAAUAAUGAAUUAUAUUGGUUACCUUAAAUAUUCGCAUCCUGAUAUCACGGUUAUCAGUAUAAAUAAACAUGGAGGCAUUAUUUUUUCUUAGUCGAGAACCUUUCCGACUACCUCUCGUUCCCAAGGGAAAAUAAUUUAUUGAGAUGUUUUGUUAAAAUUUUAAUAGUGUGUGAUGUAUUGUAUACAAAUGAAUAGUCGGUAUAUAUUUUCCUAGCAAGGGGUCAGUGCAUUCUUCCAAAAUGAUAAAAUAUACAGUUUGUUGUUAAUUCAGUAUCAAUCCAUUGGAUCUAGAUAUUUCUAUACAGAUCUGGAUCUACCUCCACCUUCGUUAGUUAACUCUGAUCCAAUAUAAUAGCGUCAAUGUACAAUCAAAGUGAUGUGACUGGGUUUACCUUGUUGAUGCUUGUGACGAAAUUUUACAAUAGUCCGUGGAAAGGAUUAUUAUGUGAUAAUUCAUACCUUAAAUCCGCCUUCAAUAACUGUGUACUAGUAAUGUACAAAUUACCACCUCGAGAAUAUAGGCAUGUUUUCAUUUGUAAAUUCUAUUUCAAAAUGAAUGUUUGCAAAAUGAAGGGGAAAAUAAGACAGAUGCUUGAACAAAAUAAAUAUUGGUUUCUUUUGCUUAUUUUACGUGGUAUGGCGUGAAAAAUAGAAGUAAGCCCCAAACGCAAUCAGUGUAUUGAUAUGCACGUACAUCAAUGUUUACAUUUGCGCGAGUAGGGAUAGCGACCUCUCUUGAAUUACAAUCGGCAUAUUUUAGAUUUAAGUCUCUGAUUUUCUUUCUCUUGUUUUCCUUGAACCGGUUUCAGUGGACAUUUACACCAAAUUGAGAAUUGAUUUUCAUGAUUGCCGUUUAAAUGGGUACCAAUCACCGAUGUAACUGGAAAACUGUAUCAUGGGGGUGUUGUGGUCUAGUGUUUACGAAUCUCGUCAUUCAAUUUGAGAGACGUGGGUUCGAAUCCCAGCCAUGGCGUGUUUUCCUUCUGCAAGAAAUUCACCCAUAUAGUGCUGCACUCAACCCAGGUGAGGUGAAUGGGUACCCGUCAGGAUUGAUUCCUUGAAUGCACUAAGCACCUUCAGCUGGAGUAUAGACAACUAGACUCUCUUCUUUUCUUUUUAAUGUCUUCAACACUCGUCUUAAGGUAGUCUACCACUCUUCUGUAGGUAUACUAGUGGCCAUCAAUAAUACAAGUUAAUGAUUAUGGUAACUGCCAUUAAAACUGGGUUCUGAGCCCUGUUACCAUGGUAGUUGCCGGCAUGGCAAAGUAACACAAUUGUAUCCAUUAUGAAACAGAAACUUGAUCUGAUUUAAACGUGACUGUAAUAUAAAGUAACAAACAAACAGUGUAAAUUAAAAGAAAAAUAUAUACAUGCAAACAAACAAACAAAAUUACAUACAUACCCGAAGAACGCACCGUUUUCUCAGU